AUGGUCCAACUCGCAACUUCCCUGAUAGCCGCUCUAGCCGCUCUGUCGUCCCUCACACUCGCAGCUCCCUCCAAUCUAGAAGCUCGCGCACCCGUUUGUAGCAGACCCGGCAUCUUAUGGGGAAACACCCAGGAGGCAGUAACAUGCAUCAACCAGCUCGCAGCGCUGGGUUCAACCUGCGUGACAGAUUACGCAGGGAGAUCUCUGCGCAGAUGUGGAAGCACGGAGAUCUGGUCCAUCAGCCGUACCCCGAAGGGGGCUUCGACACCAUGUCAGAAUGUUGCUAGGUCUGCUGGGUUGAUUAUGGAUGCCUGUAACCGGCCUGAUAAUAAGAUCCAGGGCUGGGCGUAUGUCCAGGGCAAUGGCGACUUCGAAAUUCAGAUUCGAGGCGCCUGA